ACAGUUAUUCCCCAUACAAAUAAAUAUCCUAACAUUAUGACCUUUGACCUGCAAAGAUUUGUUUUUUCACUCACGGCAAAGCCAUACGGUGACUUGACAUGCAGUCGUAAGAGAGCAUCUGUUCUGCUGGGCAAUCACCGCUGCUAACCCUGGCAGGCAACUCCAGGGUUGAUUGCACGCAGUAUAAAUUUGUAAGAACAUGAGAUGCAGAUGCGCCUCGCUACUCAGCACCCCUCAUCAGAAUAGGUUGAGCCUGGCGCAAGCGAAAGGAGACCGACUGCCUGACUUCGUUUCAGGAACAACCUCCCGUCGACUGUAGCCCACCGAGUUAUCGUCACUUAUAUAUUAGUAUAAGAUAUCGUUGGUAGGCUCAAGCAUUUGCCUCACACAGCUUCGGGGUGACAUCAAAACUCUCCGAGAGGUCCCUCCCUCGAGUUUGCCAAUUAUGGACGAACAAGUAUUUCGAGCGGAUUCCCUUUCUGGGAAUACAUAUGAAAUCGACACUGAGGCACAUGUGCAAGGCGAGACCGAAGGGUUGCAGUCUGUAGAGGUGAACGAACCUUGUUGUGCGACCGUGAGAAUGAUGGUGGCCAAGCUCAAGGGGAAGAACCCAAAAAGACAGCACUGGCACAGAGAGAAAUAUAUCGUCGUGGUCAUAGCAGGAGGGGAAGCAAAAGCCGGAGCAUGGACCGAAGUUGAGACCGAUACCUUCCAAGGUCCGUGUCAACGUCUUCAAGCCAAGUCUCCAGUCAUUCAUCAGGCAAUAACCUGUACCAGGAUUACCGCGAGUUGUUCUCCAGUUCAGCGUUCAAUACUGCCCCUUGGAACUCUCCUCCAGUCCCAUUCAGCUUAGACAGCGAGGAUACAGAGACUCAUACACAGCAGCUGCGAACCAACGAGGUCUUGAUGGGAGCGAGGAACAGCCCUGCGAUCGAGAUAUAUGAUCC